AUGGUCAAUUACCAGAAAUGUUGGGUUAAUUUUGAUAGGCGUACUCCUGAGUUUAGGAAGUGCCUCGAUGAAUUAUUUUUGGAUAUUGCCUUCUCUCAACCCGGUGUGAAAAAUCAAAUACGUUGUCCUUGUCCCAAAUGCAACAAUUUUUUGUUCAAAUUUAGAAAUGAAGUUCAUCAUCAUGUGUGCCAAAGGGGGAUAGUGACCUCUUAUAAAACAUGGGUGCAUCAUGGUGAGAUACUUCAAGAUACAUCCACUAUAGAUGUGUCUGAUCUAAAUCAAAUUGAUUGUGAAAGGGAGAAUGAUUCUGCCACUUAUGAGAUGUUGUAUAACAUCUUUAGAGGAGAAACACUAGGGGAGAUGCCGAGAGAUUUCGCUACCAACAUAGAUUACAAUAUAGAAGAAGAACCUCAUCAGGGGGCAAAGAGGUUCCAGAGGCUAAUGAGGGAUUAUGAACAAAGCCUGUAUCCAGACAGUGGGAUAUCAAGGUUAUCUUUCAUUGUCAAGUUGUUUCAAAUGAAAUGUCGCUAUGGAUGGAGCAACAAUUCAGUUGAUGCUUUGUUGCUCUUUCUAAAAAGCAUAUUUCCAAAGGAAAAUACUUGUCCAACUUCAUUUUAUGAUGCUCGAAAAGUGAUUCGAGAUUUGGGAUUAGAUUACGAGAAGAUAGAUGCUUGUGUGAAUGAUUGUAUUUUGUUUCGGGGGCAAGCAUAUGCUAAUCUUGAUGAAUGUCCAAAGUGUAAGCAAUCUAGAUGGGUGAAGGGGAAGGGGAAUGAAAAGGAUGACCCUCGCCCUAAGUCCCCUGGCAAUUCUAUUGAUGUAUACUUAGAACCGUUAAUUGAAGAGUUGAAAGAAUUGUGGGAAGAGGGCGUUGAAACAUUUGAUGUGGUGCAGAAACGGAAUUUUAAGUUGUCUGCUGUAGUUUUAUGGACAAUUAAUGAUUAUCCAGCUUAUGCCAUGUUAUUCGGUUGGAGUACUAAAGGUGCACUAGCAUGUGCGUGUUGCCACAGAGAAACUAGUUCUAAAAGGCUGAAACAUGGACACAAGCAUUGCUAUAUGGGUCAUCGCCGCUAUUUGCCGCAUGAUCAUCCAUGGCGAAGGAAUAAGAGUUCUUUUGACAAUACCAGGGAACUUGGCGAAGCACCUAAGCCACUUUCUGGUUAUGAUGUCCUAGAAGAAUUCAAGACUUUUGAACAAACGGAGUUUGGGAACAAUACUAAAAAGAGAAAGAAGUCUGAGCAUGACAAGGUGGCUGGGAAUUGA